GUUCAAGGAAGAGUCUCAGCAGGCUUCAUCAGGAACUUCCACUGCAGAACCAAGCAGAAGUGGAUUGAAGCAAGUAGCAGUCAUGUGGACAGUCCUUUCAGCAUUUUGCCUGAUUGUAUUCUGCAAGGCUGAGAAUGCUUGUCCAGGUAACAAAAAUAUAUGUAUAAUUACUUAUUUUGUUAAUUUUUUUUUAAUUUUACAUUUGUCUUUAAAUUAAUGAAAACAAUGUCAUGCACCAAAUUAGGGAAAACUAAAUGCAGAAGCAUUAAAUACAGUGUAGGUGUGUAGCAUUAAGACCACAUCAGAACUGUUUCUAGGAUUUUUAAUGUUGACCUAUCCCUAAAUUUAACAAAUAUGUAUUUGUUGGUGUGAGUAAUAAAAUUAAAAGUGAAAAGCCUCACCUCUUUGUUCUGCUACUGGCUGCCCCAUUUUACCCCACAUGUUAAUCACCCUUAGUACCUGUGUCUCUGGCACCUGGUAGUUAGUAUAGAAAAGGAUACAGAGAAGAUGAGAAUUGAAACGUUUUCUCUCUUCUUCAUAUGCAAUGUUUACCCUGGCUUUGCCUUAUCUGAACUGGAUUAUGAUGUAAUUAGCUAAAUCUUUAUGAUAAAUAUAAAGGAACCUGGAGCGUCACAUGGGCAUAGUAAAACAAUAGCAAACUCAUAAGAAAAGAAAACACAAAAGAGGAGAAAAAGCACGAGUCAACUCACUUAAAAAUACCCCAAAUUUUGGAACAAUGUACAUAUUUAAGAGUUCAAUGGCAACGCAUGUAUAAAAUCAAUGCAUGAUCAAUAAUAUGUAUUAAAGAUCAAUGACUUACCUGCAGUAUCUUUAAACAUAAGAAUGAUCCCAGUUACUGAGACUAGCUAAAUUCUAUGUGAAAAUCUAAGACUAAAGUAAAUGCUAACUGGGAAGACACAAUGGGUUUAUGUAUAAAAUAAAUAAAUAAAUGUUUCCAUGAGAAAAUUAUCAUUACAAUUUAAAAAAAUUAGUAGAAGCAUACAUGUAUGAAGUGAAAAAAAUUAAGUGGGUACCAGAGACCUAGCGGUAGAGUAGAUCUAAUUCUUUUUUAGGAAUCUUGGUGGAAAUGAAGUUUAAAAGUAGACAUGAAAAUGAGUCAUUCAUUCUUUUUGCGCUACAAUUCCCUGCCAUUUCAUAUCUGGCAUUAUAUGUACUGUGAGGGGCAAAAAAAUGUUUGCCCAACUAUUCAUUAGUGCAAUUGGUGCAAUUGUUUGGUUUCAGAUUUUACAAAUUGUUAAAAACUCAAUAGUUCGGUUUUGCCAAAAUCCACUUGAGAAGACCAAUUCGGAUGCCUGAACACUUCAACUUGCUAGCCAACCGCCACAUUAGAAUUGAAAAUAAAUAUGUCCCCUAUAUUGAUAUAAGGAAGUAAAAACAUGGUAGAUGGAUCAUGCAGUGGUGUAUUUACCACAAGACUAACAAAGCAUUUGCCUUGGGCAGCACUUUCCAGGUGAAGGUAUUUUUUGCUUGUAUGAAGAGAACUGGCCUGAUUGCUACCUUUAAAAUAUUCUAGCUGGUCAGCGAGGGAGCACAAGGCUCAGAGCAAGGGAGCAGAGCAAGAGGAUUACAGCUCCCUCGCUGCCUCCAGCAGGCCCCACAGCCCAGCAGCCACACUGAACCCCUGGGAAAGAAUCCACUACAGCUCUCCUAAAGAGGCUUGGCGGGCUUCAAUUAAAAUAAAUAAAUAAAUGUGAGUGUAUGAGGAAAUUUAUCUAUGUCUGUAUUUAUGUUAUGUAGAAACCACCCGGCCCUGGUGCGAAUAUUGUCCUGGAUCCCUCCAUUUGUCUCACCCCCCAGCUUCUCCAGGUCACAUUCCCUUAACCCUGGCCCUCCAUGCAGGGACGUGUCUUCCACGAUGCAAACAAGGCAUCUGCCUUGGGCAGCACUUUGCAGGGGGCAGCAAAAAAGCCGCCCCCCCCAAACGCCCAGGCAGAUCCCUUACUUGCCUUACAUCCUGGGGGGCUGAUUAGCCGGCUGGCUGGCCACUUUUGAGGCCACGGGCAGCAGAGGAGCGAGGGAGAACACUUACCUGAGCACUUCCUGCUCAGCUCUCUCCGCGCUGCUUAAUGAAGCUGGCAGCCGGAAUAUGACGUCAGACCGGAUCCCGGCAUCACUAAGAGAUGCCUACUCAGCCUGUGCGCCCCCUGCCUGCCCGACCAGCAGCCACACUGGACUGCAGGUAAGCAAUCCACUCCAGCUCUCCCAUGGAGGCUGGGUGGAUUUAAAAUAAAAUAAAAAUAAUUAUAAGUGAGUAUUGGGAGAAAUGUGUCUGUAUGUGAAUGUGUGUCUAAGUGAAUGUGUGUGUCUGUAAGUGAAUGAGUGUGUCUGUAAGUGUGUAUGUGUGUGGGUCAGUGAGUGUGUAUGUAUUGGUCAGUGAGUGUGUGCGUCUGUCAGUGAGUGAGCGUCUGUCAAAGUGCGGCCUUGACAGGAAAGGGUGGGGAAAAUUUAAAUUGGGGGGGGUUGCCCGAGCACCAUCCUGCCUAGGGCAGCUCAAAUCCUAAAUACACCACUGCCUCCAUCUGUAUCAAUUCCCCCAGGCACCCACCUAUCUCAUUCCCUCCCCACAAGCCUCUUGAUGUCUCAUUCCCCUCCAAUGCUCCCAUAUAUUUCAUUCCCUCCACCCAGCCCGUCCAUGUGUCCCAGUUCCCCUCUAGGCCCCUCCAUGUGUUUCAUUUCUACCCCCUAUGCCACUCCCAUGUGUCGCAUUCACUCCCAAGUCCCUCUAUGUGUCUCUUUCCCCCCCUGCAGGCCCCCAUGAAUCUCACCCCCUCCUCCUCCCAGCCCCUCCAUAUGUCCCAUUCCCUCCUGUGGCGAAAACCACUUUGCCACUGGGGUUAGGAAAGGACUACUUGCCAGCCUUUUACCCUGUGACUAUGGCCCCUUUAAUUUAUUGUGGUUAAAACCCUAUUUGUGCCUAUUGGGACUUUGAACAAUGGUUGUUUGAACUCCCGAACAGUAGAAGUGGCCGCUAUUCGAACACGUGGUGGCGGCAGCAAUCUUGUUUAGUCGAACGUGUUCAACAGUGUUUUGGCAUCGAGUUCAUGGAACUCAAAAUCAGAUAUGCGACGGCACAACACCGCUGAACAGUUAUCUUCCAAGGAGAGCAAAAAAAACAGGGCGCAAGAGUAUACUGAGGAACUGUGGCUAUUCGAACGGGAGUCGAACGGCGUUUGGUGAAUCGAAGUCCACGAACAAGGGUCAUAUACUGACUGCACUCACGAACGGCAACGUUCGGUAAUACGAAUGGUACUUCGACUGUUUGAAAUAGACCGACCACACAAACUAAUUCUCUGGAACCGUUUUGGGCGCUUCAUGCGGUCGGUCAAAAAGAGACUUCCAAAAAUUUCCUGAACUCCUGCUCUAAUCUGGGUGAUUUUUGGAUAUGUUGUUCAACAAGAUCAGGUCUAUCAGGGGAUGUGACUGGGGUUAUGUUGUGUUUUGGGGUACCUAUGAUACUUAUGAUACUUUAUAAAAAUGUGUGUUUUUAUGCCUGAGGAUAAUUAAGUUAAUGCAUUAUCUGCCUUAAUUAUCUCCCAGGCAGAGGGGAGGGCUUGCCAAGAUCACUGACCCAACAGAAGAGGGAGGCAAUUUAUCUGCAGCCUGAGACCAAGCAUUCAGAAGUGCAGCCACAGAAGCCCCGAUACUCCCCUCCCCAACCCCUCUGGAAAUGAGGCAAUUAUCUCGGUCCCCAUUGGACACGCUGACAAUCUGAAUGACACGGUGCCUAAGACCGUGUGGCGAGUCAAAUAUGGCCCUUACCGAGACCCUUACAACAAGUAAGCCUGGAAAGCCUAGACUGGAGGCAGCGAUUCGAGGCCAGAUUAGACAGGGUAUGCAGAGAGUUCUGGACUCACAUAGCUGUCCGCUUCCACACCCCUGCCUCACCUGUUGGAGCCAGCCAUGGAACACAGGGGCCUGUCCUUGCAGCACCGCACUAUACUUAUUUGGCCUUUUUUGUGCCUAAAAAAUUAUGAUUUUUAGGAAAAAAAAGACAUCAAAUGUUAAGUUUUAUUUUCUUUACAUGUAGUUAGUUAUUUUAUUCCCCCCUCACUAUUUUUAGGGUGAGGAGGGUAGGUAGGGGAUUCGUUUUUUUUUAUUUGGGUGGGGUAGGUGGGGGGGAUUUUUAUUUAGGGCCCCCACCUGCCGCUCAGGGGUGGGGGAGGACAAUAGGUGCCCCCUUAUUGUUAUUCAGGGCCCCCACCCGCUGUGCACGGGUGGGGGCGGGGGGAGGACAAUAGGUCCCCCCUAUUGUUAUUUAGGGCCCCCAACCGCCACGCAGGGGUGGGGGUCGAGGGGAGGACAAUAGGUCCAUCCCCCUUAUUGUUAUUUAGGGCCCCCACCCACCACGCAGGGGUGGGGGCCAGGGGGGUACUAGGUUUUUUUAAACAGUGAGUAGCCAUUGGCUGCUCAAUGUUUACUACAUGCCCCUACUCGCAAUAUAGCAAGUAGGGGCAGCAUUUACUAAUACUAAGGUCUUUCAGCCUUUUAUAGAUAGCUCCCUAAUACCAUAAUUAGGGAGCUAUCUACUAAGCGGCUGUAAGAUGCAGCCGCUGCAGGAAUAGGAUUGAAGUUUCAUUCAUUAGAAUGAAAUUCCGAUCCGAAUAAAGUCCCAAUUGCAUCCUAACAUGAAUGGAAUAACUUCUCAUUCUGGUAGGACGCAAUUCAGCAGUCUUGUCGUAUGCUCUGUCCAAAUGACAGGACGCUCUGCAAUACUGACAGGAAGCAUCGCCAGAACAGGGAGGGAAAGCUAAGAAUUGUGGGAAAAUGUCUCUGACCACCGGAAAUGAAACACACUUUGCUCCUCCGCUGGUCAGAGAUGGUCAGGGUGUUGGAAACCUCCAUAAGACAAAUAGUCCCUACUUUGUCUUAUGUUUUAAAGAAAACUAGAGCAGAUAGGAAGAAAUGAAAAACAUAUUCCGAGAGAGGGAGAGAAGCGGAAUUGAAAAGAAAGGUAAGUUCGCAUGACAGUGCUGCUUUAAUACAGUAUCUAGAUAGCUUUUCUUACUUUCACAGUUGAUGCCAUGAUCUGGAUAGAUUUCAUAAGCAUUAUUUAUAAUCCCAUAUUAUGCCUUUUUUUUUUUUUUAAUGUGUAUGUUAACCUCCCUUAUUGCAUGUAAGCUAUAUAUCCUGACUCUCUUGUCAUUUGCUAUUGGGGCAUGACAAGCUGUACGUACUUAUCUGGACUACAAAAAUAAAGAUUUUUUUUAAAAAAAGUAUAUACCAUGAUAUUUUAAACGUCUUCAUUAAUGUUUAUCCUACCAUUUUUAUUUGAUUGCUUUCAUUUAUUUUUCACAGAAGUAACGGUUUCAGGACUUGGAGAUGUUGACAAAAUGACUAUCCUUCGAGGCUGUGUUAACAUUAACGGAAAUCCAGGGCAGAAAGGGGAAACAGGUCCCCCUGGGGAGAAAGGUAAAAAUUAGCUGGUAUUGGGGUAGAUGGCAAUCACAGGCCUUGAAUAUAUAUAUUCAAGGCUAUAUAGCCUCUCCACUCCAUGUAGUUUGUUGCAUUGUAAAGGUAACCUCAAAGCUGUGACACACAGCUGCACUCAAACUCCCACUACUCUUGGGCAGCAGCCAUGUUAACAAAAACAAAACAAAUUACCUGAGCCCUAUCCCACAUUAUUAUGCACAUUUAACCAAUAUAGGCUAUCCCUGACUAUUCUGACUUCUGGCAUGCCUGACCUGGCUUUGUUCCUCGAAUACCUAAUCUCUCUGACUUGACCUUGGCUAGUCUUUAACUUCCUCUCUACUAUGCUGUAUACGCUCGUUAAACCUGGGCAUUCUAAGGACCGGUAUACAUGCUUGAUUUUUUUUCUGCUUGUUGGGUUAUGUUAUAUAAAUAGAUAUAGAUAGAUAUAAAGAUAUAGAUAUCUGUCUCUAUAUAUAUAUCUUAAAAAUGAUUAAUUUAUUUUUAGGUGAAGUUGGAUCUAGAGGAUUACCUGGGAAAGCUGGUCCACCUGGACAGAAAGGUUGGUUGGUUCUAACUUCACAUUCUCAUUAGUAAAAUAUUCAGAAUUUUUUUUUCUAGUUGUUUCCAAAAUUAAUCUGCCAUUUUAUAUAUAUUUUCAGCAAUUCAAGUUCACUUUCCAUUACAUGUGUUAACAAAAUGUGUGUUCAUUUCCCAGCAUGCACAUCUGAACCUUUAUAUAUACCUUACACUUGUUGCAAAGAGAUAAACACUAUAUAGGAGAGGGGCAGAAAAUGUUUUGAACAAUAAAAGUAAAAUUUUAUCCUUGCAAAUAUUUCCACAAACGUAGAAAAAAUAUAUAUCCGAAACCACCCACUAAAAUAAAAAAAAACUUAUAUUUACUAUUAAGUGUUUAUUAUUUUAAAAUUUAAUAUUUAGAAAACACAGUAAUCUAAAAAUAAUGUAGAACAUUGUUUGUCAAUGGGCUAAAAUAUACAAUAAUGUGCCUUUUUAUUUACAAUAACCGUAACAUAUUUGCUAUUUUUCAUUUAGAACUGUUAAUUGUCCAGUUGAUUCUGGAUAGUACACUACAAUGCAAAGGUUUUAAGCAUGCAUUAAAAAGUGCUGUAACAAAACUUUUUUUUUUUUUAAAGUAUUCUCAUCAAUUAAAAUGUAAAUUGUAGUUAACAGAAUAAACAUUACUUUGUACACUAUUUAUUUUAUUUAAAUUCUUCUUCAUUUUGCAUUUUGUUAAUUGAGAAAAAGAAAAUACACUAUUUAUAAACAUUUCUGUUUUUUUAAAGCAUUGUUACCAGACUAAAAUACACGCAGUAGUGUGUAUGCCCCUUAUGUUUUAGGUAUGCUUCAAGACUAUUACAGAACUAUCUGUCACAGGUAAAUCACUGGGUGAAUAAUAAUGAGGGAAAUGUCAAAUGUCUAUUUUAUGUGUAACUUAAGAUCCCUAGGAUUCCCUAAAAGCAACAUCUUUCAAAAAUAUAUGUUUUAGUUUGGACCCAGCAGGAAUAAAUGAUAAAAGACUUUUGAUAAUGGGUUCUAAGCAAAUACUUGGAAACUCCUGCUGUGCCAAUAACAAUAGCUAUAGCAAGCUUAUCUUAGUGAGAGUAACAAAUAUCACAUUAUUUAAUAUACGCAGUGAACCUCAAAAACUGACUUACAUAUUUUCCCGCCAGGAGAGAAAGGAGAUGCAAACACACAGAAUCAGUUAUACGGUGAGUGAGAAUCUUUAUUUUAUUGAAUAUAUAAGACAAGUUAACACUUUAAAAGCCUAACCUAUAUUAUGUCCUUGACUCAGCCCCUCGGAACUGUAAGGAACUGUUGGAUCAAGGAACCAUUCUGAGUGGCUGGUAUAACAUCUAUCCUGAUGGCAUACAGCCACUUACAGUACUGUGUGACAUGGACACUGAUGGAGGUGGAUGGAUUGUGAGUACCUGUAAAGUAAAAGUUCAUCUAAAUAUGUAUUAAGACUUUUGUGUAUACUGUUAAUAUGAUUAGGAGAGGUAUUACAAUGUAUUGCAGUGUGUUUCCAAUCUGAUGUUCGCUUUAGUGAGUUUUUAUCUUCUGCUCUCUACAUUGAACUUUAAUCACAUAUAGGCGGCUCCUGCAAGAUCUGGCAACCUAUUCACAGUGCAGGAGAUUAGAAACUCCAAAUUAAACAUAAUUUGCAAUAAAGAAAGAGUAAAUAUUAGAUCUCACAUUACAGGAAGAGUUUAGGAAGGUAGGCUGCGCACUUAUCUGCAGGGAGGUGUUACUAAAUUUAAAUAAAAAAAGAUGUGUAUGUAAAUGAUGAGUCACUCACAUCUUCCACCUAGAGAAGAACAAUUGUUUCCCAACAUCAUGUUCAUAGCACGAGUGACUGUCCUUCAGUGUGUGGAGAAAUAAAACAGUGCCCUAUCAGCUUCUAGCAACUGUAUGUGCAGAGGUAGAAGCAGGGCCGCCAUCAGAAAUUUUGGGGCCCCUGACAAAGCACAAGGUCUGGGCCCCCCCUCACUCCCGGGCCCGCCCACGCCCUACCUGGUCCGCUGACAAUGAUGCAGGACUGAAUGUGGUGUGUAUAGUGGAAGUGAAUUAGAAUAUGCGUAAUGGAUGUAGUGUUUGUGUGUAUUAGAUACUGUUUGUACAGUGAAUGCAGAGUGUGUGUUUGUGUAGCGGAUGCAGUGUGUAUAGUGAACGCAGAGUGUGUUUGAGUAGUGGAUAUACUGUGUACAGUGAUGUAGUGUGUGUUUGUGUAGUGGAUGUAGUGUUUGUAUGUACUAGAUGAAAUGUGUUUAGUGGGUGCAGUGUCUGUAGUGGAUGUAGUGCGUGUAUUAGACGCAGUGUCUGUGUAUAGUGAAUGCAGAGUGUUUCAAUGUGUGGUGGAUGCAGUGUGUGUACUGUGAAUACAGGAUGUUUGUGUAGUGGAUGCUGUGUGUACAGUUAAUGCAGAGUGUGUGUCAGUAUAGUGAAUCCAGAGUGUAUGCAUAGUUUAGUGAAUGCAGAGUGUGUGUUAGUGUGUAGUGAAUGCAGAGUGUGUGUUAGUGUGUAGUGAAUGCAGAGUGUGUCAGUGUAAUGAAUGUAGUGUGUGUGUUAGUGCAGAGUGUGCGUAAAUUUGUAGUGAAUGCAGAGUGUGUGUUAGUGUAGUGAAUGCAGAAUGUGUUAAUGUGUAGUGAAUGCAGAGAGUUAGUGUGUAGCGGAUGCAGAGUGUGUGUUAGUGUAGUGAAUGCAGAGAGUGUGUUAAUGUGUAGUGAAUGCAGAGAGUGUGUUAGUGUGUUGCGGAUGCAGAGUGUGUGUUAGUGUAGUGAAUGCAGAGAGUGUGUUAGUGUGUAGCAGAUGCAGAGUGUGUGAGUUAGUGUAGUGAAUGCAGAGAGUGUGUUAGUGUGUAGCGGAUGCAGAGUAUGUGUUAGUGUAGUAAAUGCAGAGUGUGUGUUAGUGUAGUGAAUGCAGAGAGUGUGUUAGUGUGUGGCGGAUGCAGAGUGUGUGUUAGUGUAGCGGAUGCAGAGUGUGUGUUAGUGUAGCGGAUGCAGAGUGUGUCUUAGUGUAGUGAAUGCAGAGUGUGUUAAUGUGUAGCGAAACAGAGUGUGUGUCAGUAUAGUGGAUGCAGUGUGUGUGUUGUAUUAGUGUAUGCAGUGUGUGUUGUGUUGUGUUAGUGUAUGCAGUGUGGGUUGUAUUAGUGUAUGCAGUGUGUGUUGUGUUAGUGUAUGCAGUGUGUGUUGUGUUAGUGUAUGCAGUGUGUGUUGUGUUGUGUUAGUGUAUGCAGUGUGUGUUGUGUUAGUGUAUGCAGUGUGUGUUGUGUUGUGUUAGUGUAUGCAGUGUGUGUUGUAUUAGUGUAUGCAGUGUGUGUUGUGUUGUGUUAGUGUAUGCAGUGUGUGUUGUAUUAGUGUAUGCAGUGUGUGUUGUGUUAGUGUAUGCAGUGUGUGUUGUAUUAGUGUAUGCAGUGUGUGUUGUGUUGUGUUAGUGUAUGCAGUGUGUGUUGUGUUGUGUUAGUGUAUGCAGUGUGUGUUGUAUUAGUGUAUGCAGUGUGUGUUGUAUUAGUGUAUGCAGUGUGUGUUGUGUUGUGUUAGUGUAUGCAGUGUGUGUUGUAUUAGUGUAUGCAGUGUGUGUUGUGUUAGUGUAUGCAGUGUGUGUUGUAUAAGUGUAUGCAGUGUGUGUUGUGUUGUGUUGUGUUAGUGUAUGCAGUGUGUGUUGUAUUAGUGUAUGCAGUGUGUGUUGUGUUGUGUUAGUGUAUGCAGUGUGUGUUGUAUUAGUGUAUGCAGUGUGUGUUGUGUUGUGUUAGUGUAUGCAGUGUGUGUUGUGUUAGUGUAUGCAGUGUGUGUUGUGUUGUGUUAGUGUAUGCAGUGUGUGUUGUGUUAGUGUAUGCAGUGUGUGUUGUGUUAGUGUAUGCAGUAUGUGUUGUGUUGUGUUAGUGUAUGCAGUGUGUGCUGUGUUAGUGUAUGCAGUGUGUGUUGUAUUAGUGUAUGCAGUGUGUGUUGUGUUGUGUUAGUGUAUGCAGUGUGUGUUGUGUUAGUGUAUGCAGUGUGUUGUGUUAGUGUAUGCAGUGUGUGUUGUGUUGUGUUAGUGUAUGCAGUGUGUGUUGUAUUAGUGUAUGCAGUGUGUGUUGUGUUGUGUUAGUGUAUGCAGUGUGUGUGUGUUGUGCUAGUGUAUGCAGUGUGUGUGUGUUGUGUUAGUGUAUGCAGUGUGUGUGUGUUGUGUUAGUGUAUGCAGUGUGUAUAUGUGCAAUCUGGGGGGGAGGGGGAGGAAGGGGCAUUUUAACAUAAAUUUUUAAUUAAUUUAAUUAAAUGUUUCUCCCCCCUCCCUGCUUACCUGUAUCCAGGGAGGGGGGAGAUUCCAUCUGUGGUGGCCCGGUGGCAUGGGGCCCCCCGGCUCCCUGUUACCGUCCGCAGAGGGGGAGGGGGCCCAGGCAGCACACAGCUUCUCCUCCUGUCUUCUCCUCUUUAAUAACUCUUGCGAGACCCGCGGAGCGUUGCCAUGGUAACCGGGUCUCGCGAGAGUUAUGAGAAGAGAGAGGAGAGGAGGAGAAGCUGUGUGCUGCCUGGGCCCCCUCUGCGGACGGUAACAGGGAGCCGGGGGCCCGCGGCUGCCCACAUAGAUAGAGAUAUUCGCUAUCUAUGUGUGCAGAAAGGGAAAGUGGGGCCCAGGACUGCCAGAGCAGUCCGGGCCCCCCAGGGCCGCCGGGCCCGUGACAACUGUCACGGUUGUCACCCCCUGAUGGCGGCCCUGGGUAGAAGGCAGGUGGUGCAAAAACACUACAUUGGAAGGCACUUUAAAGCAUUACAACCAUCAGCACAUUUUAGAAUACUUUUGUUCUACAAAGAGUUAAAUGGAAAAAUAAAGCUACAUUUACAUUGUUAUUUACUAAAGUGAGAAUUCACAGUGAAUUCCAAUUGAACCUCAAAUUUAAGGUAAAAGUUGCCGAACUAAAAGCAUAGCUGUCUCUCUCUGGACUUUUUCUAGUUUGGCUACUCUGACCUUAAGUUUGGAAUUCCCUUUUAAUUUUCAGUUGUAUAUUACUGAAGGAAUAAGUGUGCCAUUUGGAAAGGAAAGCAGUAGCAAUAAAGCACACAGCCCAUCAAAUAUUCUAUUUCUCUCACAAAAUCCUCACACAAAUAUGUAAGACAAGUUUAAAUCAGUGGAUCAACGUUGGUAUCAGUGGUCCUGGCAGAAGCUAGGCAAGAGGACCCUUUUUGUCCUUCAUUCACAAGAUAAUGAGUAGUCAGAUUGUCCCUGUCCAACCUACCUACCUAAUCUGAACUGCUGGCAAUAAUCUCACCAUCCUCUCUGUCCUAGGGUAGUAGUAGCAGCUGCAGGCGGGUGGUGAGAACUGCAUAGACUAAGAUACUGGCACCAGCGGAUCUCAUGCCUACCCUAGUUUUUUAUUUGUGUGCUUCUUCCCUCAGUAAGACAGACUUGUAGUGUCUUUUCAGAUUUAGAUUCAUACAAGCACAAGUGAGAUUACCCCCACUCUCCCCGUACUUGCUUCCUUGCCGAGCAAUUUGCAAUGUGCAAACCACCCUUGUAAACGCAAAGUGAUCAAAAAGUAAUUGAAUGAACCUAUGACAAUUAAGGAUUAAACAAAAGAAAUACUACGAUUACAACCCUUACUUGGGAUACCCUCUUGACAAUGGUAGAAAAUAGGCGGACAGUAUCAAAUCCCAAGUAUUAACUUUCAUAUUAAACUACAACUUUUUUUUUGUCUGGCAUAGCAUCAUAGAUGAUGUAAUUUAAUUACAGAUUGUAUUAAAGACACAGAGGUCUUCUAUUAUGCGCACUGCGGAGAUAUUUCCACAGGCGACAAUUGGUCCAAUUUAGAACCAACGCUCCACAUAACUGCUUGGAACUCCUGGCCAGCUACUUGGCUAAAAGUAUUUGCCAGAUGGCAAAGACUCAAUGAUUGGAGGGUAAUACCAUGUCUUAGAAAUGUUUAUCAAAGAUCGGAGUCAUUGUUCUUUUUCUCCUUCAGGUGUUCCAAAGACGAUGGGAUGGAACUGUGGAUUUUUUCAGAGGAUGGGAAUCCUAUAAGAAAGGUUUCGGAAGUCAGUUGACUGAAUUUUGGUUGGGAAAUGAUAUUCUUCAUAGAUUGACUUCAACAGGUGGGUUUUAAGUUAGAAUAUUACAUCUAACUUUUAUUCAUCCCAAAUGAAAACUAUUUAAACCACUAUAAAGGACCAUCACCUUGACAAAUUAAUCUGGUGCUGUCCUCUGUACUCUGUAACAAAUUGUGUUCUUUAUAGUUCAAUGAAAUCAGACAGGAUUAAUGCUUUAUGGACUGUGUAUAUAUAACAUUUAGCUGACUUAAGCUUAAUGCCCCCAUGUGUGAUAUCCUAAAGCAAUACUACUCUAGAAUUGUAUAUAUGGCCAGUUUUUCUAAAUAUGAUAAGAUUAUCACAUGACAAAGCGUUCUAAAAUUAGUUAAAGUUGCAUUUUCAUAUAUGAACAUAGCAUACAAGACCAUUUAUGCCAAAAAUGCUACUCUUUUUAAGUGGUGAUGGUCUGACAAUUUGUGCCACAAACUUAUUCAUAAAACCAAAAUUAAAAUAUGGGUUUGAUAGGCUUGAAAGAGGCAGGCAUAGGAGAUUUGUUAAUUAAGUCCUUAUAAUAGAAUUUCUGCUUCAUAUGUGAUAUACUGUAUUAUUUUUCAAGGGACACUCCAUCCUGCUAGUUUAUGAUGCACUUCACAGAUAAGUGGCCCGCUACUUUUAGGCCCAACCUGUUUCCGCUUUACAUACCUCCCUAUGUUGGAAGGUAUGAGAUAUCCCCACUUGCCUCUUUUAUCUUUUCUAUGCUUACCUAAAAUCACUCUUCCCAGGAUAUGAAGUUGCUGACGAAUUCCAUUUAAUCUCAGCCAUCCCAUUAUUUUCAAUUUCAGCUUUAAAAUAAACCUACAAAACCAUUUUAAAUAAAUGUGCAUAAGUAUAUAGAUUGUAUAUAGAUAUAUGGCUAGAACACAAAUAAUGUGAACAGUGAAUGCAAUACAACUCACUACAAUCCUUUUCAGUUACAUUGUAUCAGAUUAAGUUUGCUCAUCUCACUCAUGUUUUAAUGGAUGGAUUAAUUUAGGUGUUAAUGAAUAUCUCCUUAUUCCUUAGGAUCCUUUGUGCUCCGAGUUGAUCUCACCGAUUUUGACAACAAGCAUAGUUAUGCCACUUAUGAGUCAUUCUCAAUCUCAGGAGAGCUUGAGAAGUACAAACUGAGUGUUGGUAGUUAUUCUGGAGGUACUGCAGGUAAAUGUAUAUAUAUUAUGCGGGUUUUACUUUAUGCGUAUGACAAAUUAAAUUUGCAAACAUUCCAUAUACAUAAACAUAUAUAUAAAUACAUACACGAGAAUGAUUAAUUAAAUGAUAACAAGAACAGGUACAAUCCCAGUGAGAUACUCCCCCAGUAUCAGAACACAGUUUAUUAACACUACACAAGAGAAUAUCAAAUCCAAUAUCCUUUAUUAAAUACAAACAUGCCAAUCACAAAUAAACAAUGUGAAUGAGGCCAAAUAAUACUAAUAGCACAAACAAAUCUAACAAAACCUACCAGAGUAAGACACAAAACACAAUGUGAAAGAAAUUCAACACACCACCCACCCAAAACAACAAAAAGUUUUACUUUUUCGAUAAAGGAUUGCAUGCCUGGCCAUUAGAAUAUUGGAUGUUUGCAGUUACAGUCUUACCAUUUGAAGAUUAAUAGCUCUUUACUCCAUGGUGGUCAAGGAAGUAGUGAGUUUCCUACCCUUUAUAUUAUGGCUUUACUGUAAGAGGAUAGGACGAAAUGCACUCUGAGUUAUUCCAAUGGGAAUGUCAAGAUAGGCUGAGAGGCCUAUCCCAUGUAUGUACAUAGUGGGGAAUCGCGAUGCAGCAUCAUACAUAAACCAACCCAAUCCACCCCCCAAAUAAUCACAGACAACGUAGUAUGGAUGAAACAGGCCACAGCAUUUAUUAUAACAUAUAAUACUUACUGUAUAACACAUCCAUAAUUUAUUUUAAUAAUCUCUUUUCUUUUAUGUAACCAAAACAUUAAACAUAAAUAACCAUAAUUUAACAUAUAACUUAACACAUAGUGUUAUACAGUGAACCCAACCAUCCUUGCCAAUAAACUUACCAUACGCCUAUGUACCACGUCCUCUCUCACCUCCCCCCUCGGCAUAAACUCCUUUUCCUUCCAAUGCUUACCACCAGCCGACCUUUUCCUCGCUUGGUGGGCACGACAAAGGUUAACCCUUUAGAGCAGGGGAGGUAUGUGGUAUGCUCACUUCAUACCACAUACUUAAACGUAACCACCUCAAACUUAAUUGGCAAGGACAUACCCACGACUAGCUGCGAAUAAAUAUACCAAUGGAGCAGGCUGGAGGGAAGCUGUUUGCUGGCCCGAAUCCCAAGAGGCACUGAGGUAAGACCACCCCCCCACUAACUCACACAACACAUAAUCCCACCCACACAUUCAUACACAACUAAUCACAUGCAUCUAUCCCCACACUCAUACAUGUGCCCUUGUCUGCUAGCUGCGCUAUCUUCCCAGGGUCUUAGCAAGAAUUCAAACUGUUCUAAAAUGGUUUGACUACUUACAAUGGGUGGUCGCUUUUAAAGGAACUGAUUUAAAAGCCUUAUGGUAGUUCAUACCUUAAAAAUGCAUUAAAAUUCUUAUUUUUAACUGUCCCUUUAUGAAUGUUAUUUCAUGGAUUUAAUCUAUAAAUUUACUAAUAUCAUUCAGCUAAAGCCUGGCCUUCCAGAGCUUUCAAAUGGGGAACUAGAAAACAUAUACAUCCCAUGCGAACUCACUACUUUCUCAUAACGGACAAUUAAAAGGUCACUUGUGAUUAACUUCCAAAGUUCGACUUAUUAAUAGAAAGCAGCAGUCUUUUUUUUAUUUUUUAUAACAUUGUGGGUAAAUUGUACAUGUAUGAAUAGUCUGACAGUAAUUUCUAUUAAAUAUCAACAUGUAAUUGACUUUGAGAUAGGGACAAAAGGACAGGUUUAAGUCAUAGGUCCUUUAUCAGUAGAGCAACGAUCCAUAUAUUUAUUGAUUUUUACUAAAAGAGUUAAACUUUUUUUUUACUCACCAUGUCUCAUUUCUUUGUAAGGCCUACAGCAAUACACUACCUGGGAAAUUUGUGCUACAAAUAGAAAGGAAUAAUUUUCUUAACAUUUAUUCCCUAAAUACACAUCUUUAAUUCAUUCAAACUAUCAACUGAAUUACUUUCUAUAUCUCUUGUUUUUAGGAGACUCUCUUGGUUACCAUAACAACCGUGCUUUUAUGACUAGAGACCGAGAUAUGGAUGUCAACGGCGCUAACUGCGCCACAAGUUUUAAAGGGGCCUGGUGGUAUGGCGGCUGUCACAAUUCCAAUCUGAAUGGACUAUAUCUGAGGGGCACACAUACAAGCUAUGCGGAUGGUGUUAUAUGGGAAACUGGCAAAGGAGAUUACUAUUCUUAUAAAAUAAGUGAAAUGAAGUUCCGUCCUGUUACGGCAGUUUAAAAAUGACCUUAGCCAUUACCAUACUAUUAGAGGUCAUUAAUUAUCUUGCUCUUUUUUCAUUAAAAGCUUAUUGGUUGAAAACCAUAAUGCCAAAAUAGCCAAGUUUAGAAAAAAGUCUAGACAUAUUGCCUAAUCUCUUCAAUCCCAACAGAUUGUUUUUAUUUUUUUAACAAUCAAAAUUUCUCUGCCAGGACUUUACUCUUCCACUCUACCUCUCUUCAUCUCUGCAGAGAGACUGUAAAUUAUGUCACUUACUUCAUUCCUUGCAUUUUAUAAGAACUUUUUUUCUAAGCCAAACUGCAUGGUUAUAUGAUAGUUCACAUGGAGGUGAAUGAGAGCUAUCUUAGACAAUCACUGAGGAACUGUAGACUUUAGGGUGGCAAGUCACAGUUUUGUAAAUAACCAUUUCUGAUGUCCUAGGUGUAACGUAAAACAUGCAAAUUAGUUUGUCAGAAUGAAUUAGUAAAAUUGCUUAAAGGACCACUCUAGGCACCCAGACCACUUCAGCUUAAUGAAGUGGUCUGGGUGCCUGGUCCAGCUAGGGUUAACCCAUUUUUUUUUAUAAACAUAGCAGUUUCAGAGAAACUGCUAUGUUUAUGAAUGGGUUAAGCCUUCCCCUAUUUCCUCUACCGGUUGUCUCAUUGACAGCCGCUAGAGGCGCUUGCGUGCUUCUCACUGUGAUUUUCACAGUGAGAGCACGCCAGCGUCCAUAGGAAAGCAUUGAUAGUGCUUUCCUAUGCGACCGACUGAAUGCGCGCGCAGCUCUUGCCGCGCGUGCGCAUUCAGCCCUACGGGGAGGAGAAGAGGAGGAUCGGAGGAGGAGAGCUCCCCGCCCAGCGCUGGAAAAAGGUAAGUUUUUUUCCCCCUUUCCCCCUUCCAGAGCCGGGCGGGAGGGGGUCCCUGAGGGUGGGGGUGCCCUCAGGGCACUUUAGUGCCAGGAAAACGAGUAUGUUUUCCUGGCACUAUAGUGGUCCUUUAAAAUCUAAUAUUAAUGGUGCAUAUAAAAAUGUUUGGCAUUUUUGAAACUACCCCUAAUCCACACAAAUACAAAAUGUUCUUAAUUUCAAUGAAUGUUAAUGUGGAAAAAUAGUUUUGGAGUUAUGAUGUAUCUUUGAUGUACAAAUAUUGGGAUCAGUGGCACUAUCCCCAUCAGUCUAUUCCUAAAUAUUAGUUAUAGUUCUUCUAUUCUGUAAUCUACUCAACAAUAAAUUAAACAUGCAAGGCUAUUUCAAUCUAUGCUUUUCCAGUGGCUUUAUAUGUAUAUGGUGGAAAUGAUGGUGUCCCUGUUUUCUUGAUGUUGAUCUGUCUUCUCAAAUGGAUUUCCAUAAAACACAUAUAUACCCACACUGUCGAGUCACUGUUAGGUAUGAAAAAUCCAGGACAUGCAGCUACUUUUAUGAGUUAGUGUAAUAACUGAUAUGAACAGAAUAAUCCCCAAAUCAAUUUUGGUAAGCACUAAAGGGUCUUCGUGAGGUAGGUAAAUUCAGCAGGAGGUCCAAUAUUUUCACCAAAAUAGUGUAAUAUUGUAUGCGUCAAAGGCAAGGAAAUAAAAUGAUUGGAAAUACACUCACAAAAAAAAGAGCACUCACCCCUCACCAUGGGUUAAAACUCUGUCGUAGUUUGGUAUAUUUUUCAAAAUUUGUUAAACAAACAAAAAAACGACCCUUUGCCUACUAGCACCAGGACACCUGUCCAUCGACGUUUGUAGAUAGCUACGCGUCCCCCACUAGAUACCCAUAAACUAUUUGUGAAACCUCAUAGACCACAGCUGCCAAUAUCAUAGAUUGAUACACAGGAAUUCCAGGUAGGGAUGCUGGUGGAUCACCAAAUAUAAAGCCCACACAAUUUCGUAAACUGCCCCUUCCAACAAACUAGAAAACCAUACCACUUGUCGCUCAUAAUCCCCUCCCCUUCUUCCCCAUCCUCGUUCUUAUUUCUGUACCCCAACCCCCCUCCCCUUCAAACCUUGACUUAGCUACCUGAAUUGUUUAUGUUGCACCACCUAGGAAUUGCUAUUAUCACGUUACUCUAGGAUGUCAAACCAACAACCAUUACAAAAACAAAGAGACAACACGGUGUAUAAUGUUGAAUGUAUGAAGUGAAAUGUACAGUACAAUGUCUUUUUUUUUUUUUCCCCACAUUACCCUUUUUCUUUUCUGUACCCUACUGUUGAACAUACAAUAAAAAAAUUUAAAAAGAAAAUUAAAAAAGCACUCUUGUUUCUGUUUUUACUACAUGUGUACUGUGAAAGACGAACAUUCAUUAAAAAUAAUAUCCUUGAGCGGGAAUCAUACCGCUUCAUGACUGUACUAAGAGCUGAAUUAUCAGCUCUUCGCUUAUGAGUAUAUCUUAUCUUCAUUCACAAAUAUUCUCUGAAUGUAAGAGAAAAU